AUUUCGUUCGUUCUUGUACUACUUCCCUUCCCAUGGCACUGGAGUGCUAGAAAUUAUGGAACCCUCCUGUACAUGGCCUGGGUUUCGCUUGGAUGUCUUGUAUACACAGUUGACGCAAUAAUAUGGAAUGGCAACCUUUCAAAUCCUGCUCCUGUUUGGUGCGAUAUCUCCACCAAGAUACAAAUUGGCAUCAGCAUCGCUCUUCCCGCGGUUUCCCUGUGUAUCAAUCGCAGACUUUACAAUAUUGCCACGAUGAAGCAUGCGACAGCCACGCCUCGUGAGCGGCGAAAUCAAAUGUUCAUUGAUCUAGGCAUUGGGCUGGGAAUACCUCUUCUCGUUAUGGCUCUUCACUAUGUUGUGCAAGGACAUCGCUACAACAUCGUGGAGGACAUGGGCUGUGUUCCAACUUUUUAUAUGACUCCAGUCACCGUAGUGCUCAUUUUGCUCUGGGCCCCAUCACUUGGGUUAAUAUCCAUGGUCUAUUCUAUACUGUCAAUACAAGCCUUUCUUCGGCAGCGCCGGAACUUCAGGAACGUUCUUGAAUCCAACCCAGGGUGCCUUCACACCGGUCGAUUUAUCCGCCUUAUGGCUCUGGCCGGCGUCAACGUGUUGUUUGACGUACCUCUCAGUUCCUUCGUUCUUUGGUCAAACACACGGCAAGGACUGAACCCUUGGAUCUCCUGGGCAGACACUCACUACAACUUUUCAUUUAUUGAAUAUGUAUCAUUGGACUUGACCCAAAUGGAUCGAGUUGCUUGGGCGUCCCUUUGUCUUUCACGAUGGGUCUUGCCAUUCGCUGCUUUUUUAUUCUUUAUCUUCUUCGGUUUCUCGGCGGACGCCGUGGAAGGAUACAAGACCAUU